AUGGCAAACACACCCGUGUUGAAGUUAUUGUUAACAAUGUUCUUCAUAAUACUCAUCAUCAAUGUCAUUCCAAACCCAUCCUUCUCUUGUCCUCUUUAUCAAAAACAAGCACUUCUCCACUUCAAAUCCACUCUCACCAACAGAACCAUCAUCGACUCCAAGUUCGGUCUGAACGUUAAGCUAAACUCAUGGAAUCCCCAUUCCGACUGUUGUUCCUGGGACUAUGUCAAUUGCAGCACUACAACCAGAGACGUUACAGAGCUCCACCUGUAUAACCUUGUCCCUCCUCCCGAUGUCAAUCCGGUUCCGGUAUUUUCCAGCAUCCUAACUCCUCUUUUUCAUAUCUGUUCGUUGGAGACACUUAAUAUCUCGUGGAAUUCCUUGUUAGGAGAGAUCCCGGGAGACGGGUUUGGUAAUCUAACCAAACUCGUCCACCUUGACAUGGCGUCUAACAGAUUCAACGGCUCUGUUCCCACCCAAAUUUUCAAGUUAACGAACUUACGUUACUUGGAUUUGGGCAACAAUUCACUCGUUGGGAAACUAAGGCAUGAACUAGGGUCUUUUCAAAAGUUGACUUACCUAGGGUUAAGUGCAAACUAUUUUGAAGGUCCGCUUCCUACUCAACUUUUCAAACUCAAAUCGCUUCGAUUUCUUUAUCUCCAAGACAAUUUUCUCGAAGGGGUUUUAAGCCCUGAAAUUGGGAAGCUUCAAAAUCUUGAAGAAUUGUUGUUGUAUGCAAAUUCUCUUUCAGGAAACAUCCCAGAAGAGAUUGGUAAUCUAACCAAACUCGUCCAUCUUGACAUGGCGUCUAACAGAUUCAACGGCUCUGUUCCCACCCAAAUUUUCAAGUUAACGAACUUACGUUACUUGGAUUUGGGCAACAAUUUUCUCGUUGGGAAACUAAGGCCUGAACUAGGGGCUUUUCGAAAUUUGACUUACCUAAGGUUGAGUGCAAACUAUUUCGAAGGGCCGCUUCCUACUCAACUUUUUGAACUCAAAUCUCUCCGGUUUCUUUAUCUCCGCGGCAAUUUGCUCGAGGGGGUUUUAAGCCCUGAAAUUGAAAAGCUUCAAAAUCUUGAAGAAAUGAUGUUGUAUGCAAAUUCUCUUUUGGGAAACAUCCCAGAAGAGAUUGGGAAUUUAACAAAUCUAAGGGAAUUUUCCUUGCAAAAAAACCAAUUUUAUGGUAGAAUCCCGUCUUCGAUUGUAAACCUGAAGAAGCUGGAAACAUUGGAUUUGUCUGGAAAUGCUUUAUCAAUGCAAAUUCCAGCAGAUAUAGGAAGACUACCCAACAUGACCGCACUUGACCUGAGCGGCAACCAACUUACGGGCCCAAUCCCAUCAGCAAUACAAAACUUGAGCAAGUUGCAUACCCUUCGGCUCCAUGACAACAUGUUCUCUGGGGAAAUCCCAACUUGGUUAUUCAAUAUGAGAACUCUAGAGGUAUUGUUCAUCGGCGGAGGAAGAGACAACUUAGUUUGGAAUGACAAAGCCAAAAUUGUUCCAAGAUUUAGUCUUAUCUUCCUUUCUAUUUCUUUUAGUCAAAUUUCAGACCCCGUCCCUGAAUGGAUAUCAUCUCAGAAAAAGCUGCAUCUUCUUAUUUUGAGAGCGAAUCAAUUGGAGGGAAGAUUCCCAUAUUGGCUAGCCGAGAUGAAAUAUAUGGAAGUAUUGGUUCUUUCAGAUAACAACUUCAGCGGAUCAAUACCGUCUAGGUUGUUUGAAUCUACGAUGCUAUUACGACUUGAUUUGUCCAGGAACAAUUUUUCUGGGGGCUUGCCAGAAAAUAUAGGGAAUGCCCAAAGGAUUGCAUUCCUCAAGUUGGCGGAAAAUAAUUUUUGUGGACACGUACCAACAUCCAUCUCCAAGAUUGACAAGCUAUGCAUAUUGGACUUGUCCAAAAAUAGGUUUUCCGGUGAUAAAUUGCCUGAUUUUGGACACAAUUCUAGUUAUUUUAGGAUAGACUUGUCCUACAACAAUUUUUCUGGUAAUGUCCCAACCAAUUUUCCAGAAGCAACUGAAACUAUAUUUUUGGCUGGAAAUAAAUUCUCUGGUCAGCUUCCUUGGAAUUUGAGUAAAUUGGUCAACCUCGUAUAUCUCGAUCUCCAUGACAAUGAUCUUAUCGGUAAUUUACAGUAUAUUCUGCCUCAAAUCCCAACUCUUCAAGUUCUAGUUCUAAGAAACAAUUCCUUUGAAGGAAUGAUCCCCAACAAUAUCUCCAACCUCACCUCCCUUCGAAUUCUCGAUCUCUCCCACAACAACAUAAAUGGAAGUAUUCCGCGAGAGAUUGGAAACCUUCCAAGAAUGAUCGAAAAGCUUUCAACAUCCACUAGAACUAUAGGUCAUGAUAUUUCCAUCUCUUUCAUUCCUUACAACAAUGAGGACUUGAUUGUGAGUUGGAAGAAGUCCUUUCAAGGUCUACCGUAUCGCAUCCUCGAAAUAUACACUUUGUUAGAUUUGUCAGACAACAAAAUAUCCGGUGAAAUCCCACCAUCCUUGGGCAAUCUCAAAGGUCUAAAGUUGCUCAACGUAUCACACAACAGGAUUUCUGGCCACAUUCCCGCGUCUUUUGGUGAUCUGGAAGCCAUAGAAAGCUUGGACUUGUCACAUAACGAAAUCGCGGGUGUUAUACCUCAAUCGCUAGUGAAGCUUCACCAACUUGGAACUUUAGAUUUGAGCAACAACAGGCUAACUGGUAAGAUUCCUGAUGGUGGGCAAAUGGACACUAUGACUUCUUUUCAAAACAACAGCGGUUUAUGCGGGAUGCAGAUUAGGGUCACAUGUCCUGAGGAUAUCCCGCCAUCAACGCCAACGGACAAGGAUGACGAGAAAGAAUCAUGGAUUUGUUGGGAGGCAACAUGGACUGAUGGCAACAACCAAUACCACUCAAAACAUAUAUCAAUCGGCGUUCAGGCUGAUCUCCGGAUUGUUUUGAGAGCUAAGAGGAAAUACCAAGUCCUUGAAGAGCCAAGACCCGUUGCUCCUGCUGCUAAUGCUUCUACUGAAGUAUUAGCGGAAUAUGUGGCCGCAUAUGAUAGACAUAAUGAGCAAGCUGGCGUGGAGUUAUACGAUCUUAUCGAUGUACUCCAUGACUUGCGACAUGAACAAGGAACACCGGUGAGCGCUCAUAUCCUUAAGAUGAAAGGAUACUUUGAGCAGUUGGAAAGGUUGAAAUUUCAUUAUGCAAAGCAAGUACAAAUUGGUUUGAUUCUCAAGUCCUUGUCUAAGGAUUUUGAAGAAUUUGGACGCAAUUAUACUAUGCAUAGCAUGGAUAAAACCGUUCCGGAACUUCUUGCAAUGGCUGUUGAAUUUGAAAAGAAGUUACCAAAGAAAACUGCUACUCCCAAUUGUCUCAUGAUAAAGGGGGGUAAGGUCCAAAAAGGCAAACAACCGAAGGGAAAAGGGCAAGGCUGA